AUGAUUUCGGUGGUGAAAAACCAGGCUGACGUCACCAGAUUGAUGAUUGUUGGAGAAUCGGCGAAAAAUAGGACGAACGCUUUGAUGGCGUUGGGAAUGAAGAAUACGAAUGACAGUAGAGCGCAUUUGAGUAUUACUGAUUCGGUGUGUGAGAGGUUUUUCGAUUUUAUUGUGGAGGAUGGCGUGAUUUGCUUCUGAAAAUCAAAAAAAAACAAUUUUUUUCAAUUUUUUUUCAAACCCCCGCCAGCGAUUACGGUAUGCAACGUUUACUUGUUUAUUGUGGUUUUCCUUCAAAAACUUGAAGGAUUUUAGAUUUUUCCUUAUUAUCCUAAAUAAAUAGGGCUUCCCCUAUAUCACUCAAACACUUACACUAAUUUCCAGACCUCCAGGCCCUAUGUUCUUCCCAGGAAGAAACGUGUGUGCGCUCUUUGAAAAUCACACGUCCGCAAAAGUGCGUCGCCGUGUUUUUUCACGCGCGCGCUUCCAGAAAAUCCCAAAAUCCAUCAUUUUUUAUUUUUUUUGCGUGUUUUUGGCAGUUUUUUGUGUCAAAACAGUUGUUUUUUUGCAGAAGACCUCAAAAAUCAGCUCAAACAUGAAUAAUAACAGUGUGGUGAGUUGGAAAAUGCUGAAAUUUCGCUGAAAAUCCCCCAAAAACCAUGGUUUUUCAGCAAUUAAGCCUCAACAUCUUCGGAAUAGGAUUGGAGGAGAGGGAGAUCUUUCGCCAUGUUGUCCAAAUCAAAUUGGUCGACCACAAGAACAAGAAGGACUUCAUCCUGACUACAAUGAGUUCUCGCGGACGUGGAAAUCGCGCGUCGAAACAACGCGACAAUUUCAUUCUCACCAAUCGUGUUCUCGACCAUUUCAUCGCUGAAAACAAGAAAAUCAAGCCAGAUCGUGACACCAAGUUGCCGGUUGCUUAUGAUGGUGCGCAAACUUUGUUCGCCUUGGAACCAAUCGCUGCCGCAAUCGAAAUUAGCAACGAGGAUGCUUUGCAAAUUCCGGGAAUCUCAAACUUCUUGGUGGACUCGUUGAAAUUCUUGAACGGUGUCAUCGAAGUCACCUGCGAUCCAGAUCUCGACAAACCAUCAUUCAAUCAAAUCGAUUUCAAAGAAUGGGAAGAUCCACGUUUCUAUGGUUAUCUUGAUAUUGUUACUUCACAAGGUGCGAUUAAAAGUGGCAAAUAUUUGUCGCAAUCAAAGGGACUUUAUGUGAACACUCAAUAUAUGAUGAAUUUGAAAAAUGGUUGGGCGGUUGGCGCGAAAGGUGUUCAUAAAGGUUGCCGAAUUGUUGGACAAGCUGGCUCGCCAUUGCCGAUUUUGGAGUUGGAUCGUAUGUUUAUCUAGACAUGACAUUUUCAUGUUUUUUAAGCAAAUGAGUUGCAAUAUUGGGUUUUAGUUUUAUUCAUAUGAUAGAAUGGUCUAAGACGAACAGAAUGAUAUAAAUUUUGAUGACUUUACCUUAUCCAUAAGUGAUUUAGCGAGGUUUAGUAGAUAACGUCGCUAAAUCACUUAAGGAUAACGUAAAGUCAUCAAAAUUUAUAUAAUUCUGUUCGUCUUAGACCAUUCUAUCAUAUGAUUAACAUUAGAAUCCAAUAUUUCAACUCACUUUCUUAAAAAACAUGAAAAUGUCUAGAUUCCCGUUUUGGAACUAACAAAAUCUCAAUAUUUGAUUCUUCAGCUCAAUCAACACAAUAUUACGCGCCAAUCACUCUUGCCGAAUUGUUGUUGAAAGCCUUUCCAAGAGACUUCAGCGAAGAUCCACGUCGUGGACCAACCAAUCCAAAUAGCAAAAUCAUUCGAGCCGCCAAAACACUCUUCCGAGACUUGAAAUGCAACCCAUUCUACAGUGAUUUGAACGAUUGGGCCACCAACACCAUCAUUGUUUCCGAUUUGGAUUAUGCGGCGCCGACUAAUGCGGAAUACGCGGAGAAACACGAGAAACUCAAGUAUCCACAUUUCCCGGCUGCUCUUUGUGGAAUCGGACCGAACAAGCGCAGAUAUCCGUUGGAGAAGUUGCGUAUUCUUCCAUAUCAAUCGAUUGAUCGUAGAGUUUUGGAGGAGUUCGAUUUGACUGUAAGCUGACGAUCUAAUGAAUCGUACAGAGUGAAAAAAUCAAAUAUCGUGCAAACAGACGCAUUUUUUCGCAUUUUCUGGUGUUUUUCGAGCCAAAAUGGACAGAAAUUGAAAGAAUUUGUCUGAAAUAGUCUUUUUAUUGAUAAUGGAGGAAAAAUCAGUGGUGAAUCAAGAAAAAUGAGUCGUUUUUUUUCUUUUUUCUCAAAUAAGUGGUGAAACGAGAAAAAACGACUUUGAAAAAAAAGAUGCACCGCUGAUUUUUCCUUCAUUAUCAAUAAAAACACCAUUUCAGACAAAUUCUUUCAAUUUCUGUCCAUUUUGGCUCGAAAAACACGAGAAAAUGCAAAAAAUGGGUCUGUUUGCACCAGAGUACCGCAACGAAACAUUUUUGUGAAACAGUUUCACUUGGUUUUAGCAGAACAUUUUACAAAAUUUCAAUGUUUUCACUUUCUAUCUGAGUCAUUUUUUGUUUUUUCAGCGAGUGUCACGAUAAAAAAUGAUCAGACAAUUAAAAAGAUCGAAUUAGAAAAAUAUUAAAAGCGUGACACGGUGCAGGUGUGACGUGUUUUCGAUGCAAAACAUUUUCAAAAAAUGAAAUGCUUCACGUGUUUUUUCAUAACACAUUUAAUUUUUCGAAAUGUGUCAAACCAAAAAAGUGACACAAAAAAAUGUUUCACGUUUUGAAAAAAUUAAUUGUGUGACACAUUAAAAUGUGUCACACAAAUUUUGUAUGACACAUUCAAUUUUUAAAAAUGUUUCAUUGGUUUUCAACGAAACAAAAAUGAUCAGCUGUUUUGUUUCGCCACAUUUUACCAUUUUCUCUAUUAGAGAAUUUGAUAGAAAAAGCGACCUGGAAGUGAAUUUGAGCACAUUUUGAAUAGAUUAGUUUGUGAAGAUACUAUUUCACUGUUGAGAACUUAUGAAAUGGACCCGAAAAGUCGGACCAAGUCAGAUUUUUUGAAAAAAAACUGACAAGGAAAACUUUCGGAACCGCCAAAAAUUGAUAAUUUUAUCCAGAAACCUACUGUCCUCCAUAAAAUUAGCCUCACCGUCAAAAUUUUCAAAAAUUCGGAAGUUUGAUUUUUUCUAAAAAAAAAAGUUGGUAUAGCCAAAAUGUGUCAAAAGAUGAUACAUAAAUGUGCCCUACUUCAAAUUUGAGAUGAAAAUGAGGCUGAAAUGAAAACUUGAUUUUUUUUUUUGAAAAAUAGGGGUUUUUAUUUUCCACAUUAAAGCAAAUUUCAGAAUUUUUGAAAAAUUUGGCGGUGAGGCUAAGAUUUUGUGGAAGACUUUAGGUUUCUGAAAAAACAAACCUCACUCAAGAACCUGGAGCAGUGGCUGAAAAAUUGCCCACCUGGGUUCAUUUUUCAAAAUUACCCACCUAGUGAAAAUGUUUUUCCCGACUGAGGCUGGCCUUGAAAGCCCUUAAAUUUUUUGCCCACUUACAAGGUUAGGUUUUCCAAAAAAAAAAUGCCCACCUGGAAUAUCAGGUAUUGGGUGAGGUUUGCUGGAAAAAAUUAUCAAUUUUUUGGCGGUUCCGAAAGGUUUCCUUGUCAGUUUUUUUUCAAAAAAUCUGACUUGGUCCGACUUUUCGGGUCCAUUUCAUAAGUUCUCAACAGUGAAAUAGUAUCUUCACAAACUAAUCUAUUCAAAAUGUGCUCAAAUUCACUUCCAGGUCGCUUUUUCUAUCAAAUUCUCUAAUAGAGAAAAUGGUAAAAUGUGGCGAAACAAAACAGCUGAUCAUUUUUGUUUCGUUGAAAACCAAUGAAACAUUUUUAAAAAUUGAAUGUGUCAUACAAAAUUUGUGUGACACAUUUUAAUGUGUCACACAAUUAAUUUUUUCAAAACGUGAAACAUUUUUUUGUGUCACUCUUUUUUGGUUUGACACAUUUCGAAAAAUUAAAUGUGUUAUGAAAAAACACGUGAAGCAUUUCAUUUUUUGAAAAUGUUUUGCAUCGAAAACACGUCACACCUGCACCGUGUCACGCUUUUAAUAUUUUUCUAAUUCGAUCUUUUUAAUUGUCUGAUCAUUUUUUAUUUGUGAAGUGUUGUGAAUUGUUUUUGAGUGGUGCUAUUUUUGUUUCGAAAUUCAUUAAAAUCAGUGACACUUACAAGAAAACUCAGUUUCAUGUUUCGCCUUGUUUCGAAACAAAACAAAAUCUUGCGGUACUCUGGUUUGCACGAUAUUUUAUUGAUUUUUUGCACGAUCCAUGAGACGAAUUUUGAAAUAACUGUCAAUUUUUUCAGCCACGCGCAAAUGCUCCAAAUGAAAGAUGGGCGGAUCUUCAAAACCAUUUCGUCGAAUUCCAAUUCAACGACGAGAUCAUGGAUACCUUUGGCGUUCGUCUUUGCAACGAUCCAUUCGAAAACAUCAGUGAAAUCGCCGGAGAUCGUGUCGACAAGCCAGCCAUCAGCUAUGCGAACCCAGUUCACGUCGAUGAUGCGAAAAGAGAUUGGAGAGCUCGCGACGAUCCAUUCUCCACUCCAUCCAACAUUGAUUAUUUGGUUGUUGUGUUGAUUGUCGGCUACACUCGAAACUUCCAAAUGGAUUGUGACGCGACAAAAUUCUUCGCCAACGAAUUUGUGAAACGUUGCAAGGAGAAGGGAAUGAAGAUUGCGCGCAGCGAAUUUCAAUCGCUUAACAGCGAUCAAAAAGCUGAAUCAUUCUUGACGUAUGUGUUCAGCGAAAUGGUCAACAAUCCACAAUACAGCAAAUCAAGCUUCAAACCGUUUGUCUUGCUCAUCUCGGACGAUGUGCCAAACAUCCAUGGUUGGUUUUUCCCCCGCUUUUUUGCUUUAAAAAGUUAUAAAAAUUGUUUCAGAGUGUCUCAAAUUCGAAGAACGCAUGAGCGAUGUGCCAACUCAACAUGUUUUGCUCAAAAAUAUCCGCAAAAUCAGCUCAACCCUCGACACCCAAAUCAAACAACGACGCAAGCCGUUUGAUUUGACUUUGGACAAUAUUGUCAUGAAGGCCAACAUCAAGUCGGGUGGUUUGAAUUAUAAAGCGGAUAUUCCAAGAGAGUGAGUUGGGUUUAAUCGUUUUUGGAUCGUGCAAAGUGAAAAAAAUAUCGUGGAACAAUUUUUUCGCGCAUUAUUUUUGCAUUUUCUGGUGUUUUUCGAAGCAAAAUGCACAGAAAUUGAAAGAAUUUGUCUGAAAUCGUCUUUAUUGAUAAAAACACAAUUCCAUACAAAUUCUUUCAAUUUCUGUCCAUUUUGGCACGAAAAACACCAGAAAAUGCAAAAAUAAUGCGCGAAAAAAGUCUGUUUGCACGAUAUUUUUUUGAUUUUUCGCAUUUUUUUUUCACUUUGUACGUUGCAUAAUGCAUAGAACCGUUUGGAAAUAUAUGGUUUUUCAGUCUCGCCUGCUGGGACGAAGUUCCAACUUUUGUGAUCGGCUUGGAUGUUGCUCAUCCGGAUAAGAUGUCGGUUCGAGAUGGAAAUCCAUCAACUGUUGGAGUGAGUUAUCUCAAGAUAAAAUAAAACAACUCAGAGAAAAAAUCGUGUUUUCAGUUAUCGUGCAACUCUGCCGAAAGCCCAUAUACAUUCAUCGGGGAUUUCGCCUACACCACAGCACGCAAAGAAGCAAUUGACGACGAGAUUUUGCGCAGUUUCACUGCCAGAAACGUCAAACAAUUCGCCGAGGCUCGCGGAUUCCCCAAAAAGAUCAUCAUCUUCCGCGAUGGUGUUUCUUUUGGUGAAGAAAUUGAGGCGGAGCGUGAAGCCGAAAUCAUCCAGCAAACGAUCAUCUCGAUGGCGCACGAAGCUGGAGUUCGCAACUACAAACCGUCGGUUUUGGCGGUGGUUGUCAAGAAGAGACAUCACACACGAUUCUAUGGACGAGGUGGAAAUGGCGGAAAUCAACCAACAGUGAGUUUAGAGAAUCUAGGAUCCAAAACAAAAAUUCUAAUUAUUUUUUUUCAGAAUCCACUUCCGGACACUGCUGUUUGUGGCGACAUCGCUGAAUACGGAAAACGCCAGAUUUUCAUCCAAGCCUUCCGACCAGUCCAAGGAACCGCCAAAGUCCCAUCGUUCCUCGUUAUCCGCGACGACGAAGAGGUCACCGAUGAGCACAUCUCAAAACUCGUCUGCGCCGUUUGCUCACUCCACCAAUAUGUAAACAGUCCAACAUCCAUCCCAACUCCAGUCUUUGUUGCCCACGAAUUGGCCAAACGUGGCACCGGUCUCUUCAAAGCCUACAAAUUCAAAAAUGGCGAAAUCGAGCAAGACUGGCCAAUGCUCACCAGAGUAUUGUCUUAUUCGACACAAGAGCGUCUUUCGAAAAUCAGAGUCGCCUAA